GGGGCUCUUCCAACAAGCUCUCCUCGAAGAGGCGUUUGGGGCAAUGUGUGCAGCAUUGGUCGCCUUGGAGGGCAUGAACUUCUUGGAUGCGAUGACAUUUCAGGAUCUUUGCAAGUUGAGAGCUGUUAGCAAGGAUGUGAAAGGCAGCUUGUGCCGAUCACACUGGCACUGGCACAGUGCAGCAACAAGGGCGUUGCCUGAUUUUGAUCUGACUCCAGCCCUUUUCCUGGGUGCUGCGUUGCAACGCUGCUUCCAGGUGAUGCCGCUCCUCCUGCGAUUGACCUCUGCCCAGCACUACACGAUGCCACGAUCGGUUCGUUCCACCACUCCGCAACGAGUCGUGCUGCAGGAUCACAAGAUUGCUGUGAGGCGUGAGGCAGAUGGAUUGGCCCUGGCAAAGCGUGUCGAGAUGCAACUGCAGGUGGCCAAGGCCCACUUGGAGGGCGGAGGGCACUUUGCCAAGGUCUUCAUUGCACAGAUGGGAAGUUCCAUUGGGGAGCACGCAAGCAUCAUUGUUUUGAAGGAUUGCCAGUCGAUUUUCUCCACCCCCGAUGUGGCACCCACACCUCGCGGGAACUCUGCACACUUGUAUGUGAUGUGCAAGAAAGGGAAAAUCUCCAUGGCCAUCCGUAGCAAAGCCGAGAAAGUUCCCAACGAUGCCAACGAUGGAGAUUUGACACAGAGUGGCGGAACCUGCCACGUGCUUGUGGAUUUCGUAGGCAUGGACGGAUCGGAUCUCUUGGUGCAUUGCCGCAAUGUCCUUCUUCGCAUGAACGGACCUUGGACAGAGGCGCAAGGUCUAUGCCUUCUUUCUGCCAGGCGCCUGACCAGCGCUGUGCAGCCAAAGAGCGAUACCGCGACAGGCAUGUCGUGCAUCCUUUGUGUUCGCAAUGCCAAAGCACCUGUGGAUGAACUCGGUGUGAUCGAUGGACUGCACGUGGGUACAGCGCGGUGUGCGGAGGCGCUACACAUGGACAAUUUGGCGGCGUGGCGCUGCAAGUGACGGAUCUUUGGCUGGGAGCCGUGGAGCCACCGCGGGGGGGCCGCCGGCGGGGUGCCUCGGGUCCGAAUUCACUACGAGGGCAGCUGUGAUGUGAGUCAAAAGGGUUGGACCGUGUCC